UCACAAUGGCAGUACGGUAAGAGUCGCUGCAUAAUAGGUACUGCUGUCUUCGGAAGGCCUCCCAGCUGGAGUAGAGAUUGUAGUCACUGUUGCACCACCCUUUCUUCUGCGUUAACUUCACUAAGGUUCCUUCUUGCGAAAAGCUUUCCUGGUCAACUUGAGCAAUGGCAGCCCAGAAGGGAGAACGGCAGCACACCGCCGCAGAUCACCCAGUGGCGCCAGACUCCUCUGAGCAAUAUGAGAUUGUUCUGUAUGGAGCUCAGACUUGUCCCUUCAGUCAGCGCGCUAGAAUAGCGGUCGAUUCCAAGGGGCUCAAGUACGAGUACAGAGAGACGGACCCAUAUGCUAAGCCGGAGGAUCUGCUGGCGCACAACCCCAGGGGGGCGGUGCCGACGCUAGUGCACAAUGGUAAGAGCGUGUACGAGUCGCUGGUGGUGGUGGAGUAUGUGGACGAGGCUUGGCCAGGGGACGUGCACGGGCCGACUCUUCACUUCCUUCCGAAAAGGGACGUGCACCUACGGGCCCUGGCCAGGAUCUGGACGACAUUCGUCCAGGAUAAGCUGGUGCGCGGUUUCUUCGACUUGUUAGCAGCUCAAGACGAGUCGGAGCAGGAAGCUCUGAAGACGAAGCUGCUCGACAGUCUGAGAGAGUGGACGAAAGCGGCCGCUGAGAUCCAGUCGAGCCCAGCAUCGGGGCCGUUUUUCAUGGGCGAGCACUUUGGGAUUGUAGACAUCGCCUUCCUGCCCUUCGCUGUGAGAUUCCCGGCCCUCGAACACUACCGAGGGUUCACAGUGCCGGACACCGACGAGUUUGCAGUCUACCACACAUGGUUGAAAGCAGCGAGCGCGUUGCCCAGUGUUCAGUCAGCUAUGCCCUCCGAAAAGGAAGUGAUCGACUUCUAUUCGAAGUACGCCAAACGUGACGCCACGUGGAGAGAGCCAUAGACUUGGGGCCCUGGAAGUUUUCGCGUCUAGUCAUUGCACAUUGAAUUUGAAUUGACCCCUGUGCUAAAGACUGUCCGGGUCACCAACAGAUUGAUUCUUUUGUGCCGUGCUGGUAAGCUCAGUACAACGUUAUUUGAGGGGUCAACGGGAGCUAGAUUUGGCUGAGUCACAUCCUUGUUCGCCGGCUUUGCAACCGGCCCCUCUUGACUGUUUGAAGUCAACCAAUUUUCAGAGGGGAGUCGGACAGUUUGAGCUAGCGCACUUGAUACAUAAAAAAGAUUUGGAAAAGUAGCGGUUGAGGACUGACGAAGCAACGCUGCCCUCAGUCGCUCACAUUUAUUCGUCCUGUCGGCCAG